CAGACCCACGGAGGGGAUGCGGUGGUGGGAGCGGGCGGCGCGGCGGCGCUGGGUGCUGCUGCUCGGGCCGCUGGCGCUGCUCGCCGCCGCCCUGGCGCUGCGCGGCACCGCUCGCCCCGACCCCGCCGACCACUCCCGCCUCUACCGGGCGCUGGAGCUCUCCCCCGGCCGCAGCAUCAACUGCUCGGGGGUCGUCCGCGGGGACCAGACAGCCAUCCAGGAGGCGCAGCUCAGCAACCUGGAAGUGGCGAACAGAAACGCUUCGCCGACACCCGGCGAGUACCUGAACAUGACGAAGGACUGCAGAGCCUUCAAGGAGACCCGGCGCUACAUCGAGUUCCCGCUCAGCCAGGAGGAGGAGGAGUUCCCCAUCGCCUACUCCAUGGUGAUCCACAACAAAAUCGACAUGUUCGAACGGCUGCUGCGGUCUCUCUACACUCCGCAGAAUGUCUACUGCGUCCAUGUGGACAGCAAAGCCCCGGCCGCCUUCCAGGAGGCCGUGCGGGCCAUCGCUGCCUGCUUCCCCAACGUCUUCGUGGCCAGCCGCCUGGAAACCGUAGUCUAUGCCGCCUGGUCCCGGCUGCAGGCCGACCUCAACUGCAUGCAGGACCUGCUGCAGAGCCCCAUACCAUGGCGCUACCUCAUCAACACCUGCGGCACCGACUUCCCCAUCAAGACCAACGCCGAGACAGUACGGGCGCUGCAGGUGCUGCAGGGCCAGAACAGCUUGGAGUCGGAGAAGCCCUCAGCCGCCAAGCAGGCGCGCUGGCAGUACCACCACGAGGUGGGGAAGGCCAUCUUCCGCACUGCCCAGAAGAAACUGCCGCCACCCCACAGCUACCCCAUGUUCACGGGCAACGCGUACAUCGUGGUCACACGGGACUUCGUGCAGCACAUCUUCGAGAACCCCACGGCACAAAAGUUCCUCGAGUGGUCCAAGGACACCUACAGCCCUGACGAGCACGUCUGGGCCACCCUGAACCGCAUGCCGGGCGUCCCGGGGGCCAUGCCUCACAACGACAAGUUCCAGCUCUCAGACAUGAACGCCCUUCCCCGCCUGGUCAAGUGGCAGUACCUGGAAGGGGACAUCAGCAAGGGCGCACCCUACCCGCCCUGCACCGGCCGUCACCAGCGCGCCGUCUGCGUCUAUGGGGUGGGCGACGUGCCCUGGAUGUUGCAGCAGCACCACCUCUUGGCCAACAAGUUCGACCCCGAGAUGGAUGAUGCGGCCGUCCAGUGUCUCGAGGAGUACCUGCGCCACAAGGCCCUGUACGGCCGAGGGCUCUGAGGGGAAGUCGCGGAGACUCUGGCCAGCACGUACUGCCUUCCGUGGGCAAGUCCAGCCGACGGCGCCUCGAGGAGGGGAUCCCCUGGUCCCCUGAGGGGUGCACGCCUCGGCGCAGCCCCGAGGAGAAGCAGCAUAGGCGGGCGCCGGGCUGCGGCCCCGCCGAGGGCCAGACGGACGGACGGGGCGGCCCGGCGGAGGGGAGGCCCGGUGUGGAAGGGCGGGAGGCUCAGCCGGGGGCCCCGGCCCUGCCCCCGGCCCGCGGGAUCCCCUCGAAAAGCGCGGGAGGGCCGCGCUCUCUCAGAGCGGCUGGAGGAAACGGGCGGGGCCUUUGCUAGUGCCUUCCGAGAGUCUAUUCGCAAAGAUGACCCCAGGGCUGCCGGUUGUAGACGGGCAGGGCUGGGUCACGGGCCAUGCCGCCUCCAGGUCCGGCUAGGGGCAGAGCUGAAACUAUGACCAAUUUGCUUCUCCACGGAGAACCUAGCAGCCGCCCGCCCAUUCCUGGCACCCGCCCGCCCGUUCCUGGCACCCGCAGCGCUGCCGAGCUGAACAUCUGGCUGCUGCUUUUGCCUCACUUUAAACUCUGACUAUCAAAAGCCGUUAGUCAUUAAUACCCAACCUUCAAUAAAAUGCAAGAUA